UACCACCUCCGGAUCCUAUCAGACAAAAAUUGGCAAGAACUUGUUCAAGCUGCCGCCACUGUUUCAGGCUUUCAGCCCUCUCUCCCUCUGUUUGUGCGCUAAAACCUCUCCUGAACUCUCCCAAAAUAGUCGAAGACUCUCAGUAAAAUCUAAUUUUUAAAUCUCUCUCUAUCUCUCUGUUGUAGUGCAUUUGUGAAACUGUUCUGGGAUUCUUUCUUUUGUGGGUUUAAGUUUCAAUUAUUGGGAAGUACUCCUUUGGGUUUUCUUAUUGAUGGCGUUAAGGGCUUCAUCGAAACUACUCAGACAUGUUUUGAACAAAAAGCUAAUCUCAAGUUCUCAUAUAAGUGCCAGACAUUACGCUUCUGCUGCAGAAGCUGCUCCUAAAAUCCCUCACUCUUCCAAGAAAGGAAGGCUAUUGACAGGAGCCACAAUAGGCCUAGUUAUAGCCGGAGGAGCUUAUGUGAGUACUUUGGAUGAAGCAACUUUCUGUGGUUGGCUAUUCUCAGCCACGAAACUUGUGAAUCCUUUCUUUGCCCUUUUAGACCCAGAGUCUGCUCACAGACUAGCUGUCUCAGCUGCAGCUCGUGGUUGGGUUCCAAGGGAGAAGAGGCCUGAUCCAUCAAAUAUAGGGCUACAAGUUUGGGGGAGGAACUUCUCCAACCCUAUAGGUCUAGCUGCUGGCUUUGAUAAGAAUGCUGAGGCUGUUGAUGGGUUGCUUGGUCUAGGCUUUGGCUUUGUAGAAGUUGGCUCUGUCACCCCUGUUCCACAGGAGGGCAAUCCAAAGCCUCGUAUCUUCCGAUUGCCUCGGGAAGGUGCUAUCAUAAACCGGUGCGGUUUCAAUAGUGAAGGAAUUGUUGUUGUUGCAAAGCGGUUGGGUGCCCAGCAUGGUAAGAGGAAGUUAGAUGAAACUUCAAGCCGUUCAUCUUCCUCUACUGAUGAAGUCAAACAUGGAGGCAAAGCUGGACCCGGCAUUCUUGGGGUCAAUCUGGGAAAGAAUAAGACAAGUGAAGAUGCUACUGCAGAUUAUGUACAAGGGGUUCAUACAUUGUCCCAGUAUGCCGAUUACUUGGUUAUUAAUGUUUCAUCACCCAAUACCCCAGGAUUGCGAAAGCUUCAGGGAAGAAAACAAUUGAAGGACCUUGUAAAGAAGGUUCAAGCUGCUCGUGAUGAAAUGCAAUGGGGCGAGGAGGGUCCACCUCCUUUGCUUGUGAAAAUUGCUCCAGACUUGUCUAAAGAAGAUCUUGAAGAUAUUGCAGCAGUUGCCCUUGCUCUCCGCUUGGAUGGAUUGAUAAUAUCAAAUACAACUGUUUCAAGACCUGAUCCUGUGAGUAAAAACCCAGUAGCGAAGGAAGAGGGUGGCUUAAGUGGGAAGCCUCUUCUUAAUCUCUCUACCAACAUCUUGAAGGAAAUGUACAUUCUAACAAGGGGUAAGAUCCCUUUAAUAGGCUGUGGGGGCAUUAGUAGUGGUGAGGAAGCAUACCAAAAAAUUCGGGCUGGAGCAACUCUUGUUCAGCUUUAUACAGCAUUAGCCUAUGAAGGGCCUGCCCUUAUUCCUCAGAUGAAGGCUGAACUGGCCGAGUGCUUGGAAAGGGAUGGUUUUAAGUCAGUCCUUGAAGCAGUCGGUGCAGAUUGCAGAUAACGCCCGUAUAUGUCUCAGGCACUAGAGCUAUGAAAAGACUCCGGAGCUGUAUUUAUGUUUGGAGCAUUAUUUUCACAGCAAGAAAACUCCAGAAAAAUUGUUUUCCUAACAGAUGGUUCGUUAUCCGUCGUUAUUUUUCCUCUCCUUAGGUUGGGGGCGGAGUGUUUUUGACCUACACAAUAUGAGAAGUUUUGAAGCAAUCCAGUUUUCAUUUUCCGGGUAAAAUACAUUUUUCUGAGUGAAAUAUAACACACCUGUCAUGUUAUUCGGGCUAUGUUAAAAUUUGUGCUGGCAACAGUUUGGAGAACUUUAUGCAGCAAGCCUUAGUGGUUUCAAUUUGUAUAAAAGUUUGAUUUAUAAGUAUAAAUUUCUUCGAUUU